AUGUCUGAGAAUAACAGGUCUUCUCUCCAGGUUGUUUCCAAAAUUCUCAAACAUGCUCGGGAGGCCCCUGCUACUUCCGCCCAUGGUCUGCUGCUAGGGCUCGAUCUCGACGGCAUCUUGGAAGUAUCCAACUCCUUCCCUCUCCCUCAUCACAGUGGUGAUGAGGACGACAAAUCUUCAAAAUUUGCCGCUCGGUAUCAGGCGUCGAUGCUUCGCUCGCUCAAAGAAGUUCAAGCAGACGAUAGUGUCGUCGGAUUUUAUCAGGCUACGACGCUGGGAGCAUUCUUCCAUCAAAAUCUAGUCGACACGCAGGCUAUACACCAUGAUAAACUUCGGCAUGGUGGAAUAGUUGUUGUCCAUGACAUAACACAAACUGCGCGGGGUAACGCCUCCUUCCGUGCUUUUCGCUUGACUGCCGCCUUCUUGGAUGCGUACAAGACGUCCAACUUCAAUACAGCAAGUCUAGUAAGCCACCGCCUAACGUUCUCGACAAUAAUGGAAGAAGUCCCCCUCAAAAUCCGUACCAACCCUCUCCUCAGCUCAUUCCUCGGGUCGCUCUCUGAGAGAUAUUCGACUGCCCUGUCCGACUCACCGCCAUAUGCGGCAGCCGAUUCAGCGCUUCCUCCUUCGUUUUCAGUCUUGGACUUGGGCUCAGCAGGCCUGACCAAGAAUUUAGAGCAGAUAGCCGAGGCCCUUGACAGCUACCGAACUGAGGAAGGCAAUCUGGCGUAUUUGUCGCGACAAAUUGCUCGAGAGCGUUCACGGGCAGACAACUAUGUGAUGAAACGCAAGGAGGAGAACAUUACCCGGGUGGCACAGGGUCAGGCGCCUCUUCCGGAAGAGGAUGUUACGCGGUUGUUCAAAAUACCAGCGGAGCCGAGUCGCCUGGAAAGUCUGUUAUUAUUGGGUCAGGUGGAUGCAUAUGCGAAGAGUCUGGCAGGGACAGCCAGUAAUGGGCUGGUGAAGAUGUAUGCCGCGAGGGCCGGUAGCAAUGUUUGA